AUGGUCACCAAUCUUUCCCUCAAAGACAAUGAUCUAGAAUCACUUUUCUCAGAAACUGAUGAAGACAAUCCUCAAGUCAUUUUUGGCAUCUCCUAUGCCUCUGAUGUUGAUUCUUUCUCUGACACUGAUUCUCUCCACUAUGAAGUCACCUCCAUCCAAGCCGUGCUACCCGCCCCUUUCCUUAAACUCCAUGUUUACCCAGAAAAAUACUCUCAACCUCGCGCUGUUAUCGCUCUUUUUGAUACUGGCGCUGCCACCUCAAUCCUUAACCCCGCAGUCUUACACUCUUCCUUUUGGAAACCUCAUACCCAAUACUUCCAAGCUGCCAAUGGAGAAACCUUUGCCAUUGAACAAAAAAGCAAACCUGUUUACCUCCAGUUCUUCCCCGGACUUCGAAUCAAACAUAAAUUCCUUGGCUCCACUCUCCCAGGAAAAGAUCUCAUCCUUGGAUGGGAUAUCAUCAGCCAAUUAUGGAAAACCCAAAUCAAGCCCCUUGAUAAAGGUCUUCUAUACAAAGGAUCCUUCCUUCCUUUUGUAUCCCCUCAUAACCUUUUCAGCCUUACUGAACUAUCCACCAUCCAAACCCUCCUUCUCAAAGAUUGCUGUGCUGACACCCAUUCUGAGUUCCUUACCAAAUGCUCCAAACCCCUUUGGCAAAACCCUGAUUUCUUCAUCUCUUUUCCUUUCAAGAAAAAUGAAGACAUUAACCCUACCAAAGCCACCCACUCCGGAAUGAACCCUGAACACUACCAUUUAGCUGUCCAAGAACUCAACCAACUCAAACAAGAACACCUCAUUGAAGACACCACUUCCCAGUGGGCGUGCCAGGCAUUCUAUGUCAACAAACGAGCAGAGCAAACUAGAGAAAAACUUCGCCUCGUUAUCAACUACCAACCUCUAAACCAUUUCCUAGCCGAUAACAAGUUCCCCCUUCCUACCAAACCUGAUCUCUUUGCCCGAUUAACCAACGCCAAAAUCUUCUCUAAGUUUGACCUUAAAGCUGGUUUUUGGCAACUCGGCAUCCAUCCCGAUGAACGAUUCAAAACUGCCUUCUGCAUCCCCAACUUCCAUUACUAA